CGGCGACAGGGCGGCGGGGCUUCGACGCCGAGAAGCGGCCGGAGAUGAGGAGGGACGUGUCGGCGUGAGGAGGACGGUUCUUUGUGCGUGUGUGUGUGUCCGUGUGUGUGUGUGUGUUCACGGUCAGCGGGAGCCCCCCCAUCGGAAAGCGGCGAGUGCCAGGUGUGUCUCGUCAGCCACCUUCCAGCCUUUUACCGUCACUGUCAAGGUCACCAUGGCAACCAGCGCCGUGCCAAGUGACAACCUGCCAACAUACAAGCUGGUGGUGGUGGGGGAUGGCGGUGUCGGGAAGAGCGCCCUCACCAUCCAAUUCUUCCAGAAGAUCUUCGUGCCGGACUACGAUCCCACGAUAGAGGACUCGUAUCUGAAACACACAGAGAUCGACGGGCAGUGGGCAAUACUGGAUGUGCUGGACACAGCAGGCCAGGAAGAAUUCAGUGCGAUGAGGGAGCAGUACAUGAGGACAGGAGACGGCUUCCUCAUCGUCUUCUCCGUGACGGACAAGGCCAGUUUUGAACACGUUGACCGAUUCCAUCAACUUAUACUACGGGUCAAAGACAGGGAGGCCUUCCCCAUGGUGCUGGUGGCAAACAAAGUGGACCUGGUGCACCUGAGAAAGGUCACCAGUGAACAGGGUCAAGAGAUGGCAGCAAAACAUAAUAUAACUUAUAUUGAAACCAGUGCUAAGGAUCCUCCAAUGAAUGUGGACAAAGCCUUUCAUGAGCUCGUCCGCGUCAUAAGACAACAGAUCCCAGAGCGAAACCUGAAGAAGAAAAAGAAGAUGAAGUGGAGAGCGGAACGUUCCACAGGCUCCCACAGGUUCCACUGCGCCAUAUUGUGACCUCCCUCGUUCCUUUGAAUCGUUCUUAACAUUCAAACAACCACACGCACACCCACAUACUGUACCUUUGGAUGUCAGGGAACUCCCCAGCAGUGGUUAGCUACUGGAGCACAAAAGGGAGAUGGGGGGGCGUCGAUGAAUAGCUGGAUGAAUAGCUGACGGACAUGAUGGAUAUGUAACAAUGGACCGAUGUCCCCUCAGCCCUUCACAAUGCCUUGGAAUGAGUGCUGUCACCUGCUCACUUUACAGUCCCUUUCUGAAGAUCUUCUGAUUCGGUCCAUCCGCAUUCAACACAGAAGAACUGUUUCUCAAUCAAGUGUAAGUUUUGAACUUAUCGUCAAAUGUGGCACAAGGCGACAGACUCUGAAGUGGAACUACGGAUAUUAGAAUCACCUUGAUGUUGGGAUUUUUUGACUUCUUGAUAAAAGGAUUGAAAAGGGAGGAACUGGCUCAAAAAUGGCGCUUCAUAUAUUAUGGACCUCCAACCACCUGCUGGUCGUCACCCGUCUGUCCUCACACUCUUACGGCUUCUUGGAGAAAGGCACCUGUGUGAUCUCUAGAUGGGUUGUCUUCAUAAGAGCAUGGAGUGAUAAACACGGGAGCGGUGAUUUUUGUUCGAGAUGGAAAUAGAUGUUGUGCGGUGUUGUCGAUGGGUGAACAGCCAAUUCUGUGAGCACAGGGUGUACCUCGUGGUCAUGUGACGCUCGGCUGGGAGAUGGAAGGAACGUGACGUAGCAAGUGAAAGAAACGUGACGUGAUGCUGAGGAAAUGAUUGACAGGUGAAUGCCAUGGCCAUAACAACUUGUUUAAUACGUGUUUGAAUAUUCUAAUUGUAACGGAGAGUCCGAUCGGUCGUGUGUGGUGUUUAACUUUAAACGUAACAGGGUUUUUUAUCAAAACUGAUGUGUCAGCAGCCAUGUUUACACACACUCGUAUGAAGGAUUAUUUUCCCGUACAUACAGACAGUAUCUAAGUUUACGUCUGGGUUGCACUGGAUGCAGGAAACGACACGGAACGUCUGGUUUUUCAUUUCAGUCACGCCAGAAACCUCAUGUAGCAGCCCGGCUGCAGGCGUGCAGCAGUCACGCUCCCAGUGUGGCCCGGGCCUUAGUCCUCAUCAGUACUGUGAGAACAACAGACCUGGGAAAUACAGUGGGGUCCAAUCGCUUGAGACCACUUUCCCAUUCAAGUGAAUGGGCAGAAUGGGAAAAGUUGUCUACACACAUAUAUAUAUCCAUAUAUACUUUCCAUGUUUUCUUUUUCUAUCUAAACGUAGAGACAAUUAUAUUUGUGCUAUAAAAAUCUAAAUAUAGGUGGCAAUGUAAGUCAAUGCUGUUUUACAAACCUGUAGGAUAUCAUUCAUGGAGCAGAUGAGGUUUAAUAAUGAGAGCUUCAUGUUUCAGAGCUGAAACUGGCUGGAGAAGCUGAUUUGCACUGGCCACUAACCAAAAUAAUGUGAUGUCACUUUAUUUCAAUCUAGGGGCUUUUCAGACGGCACCACUGAAUUCAGGACUAUGUGUGAAAACUCGCUCAGUAAAGGACGACACUCCUCCAGAUUGGGGAUGUAGACUGUAGCCCCGGGACCACAGCAGGGUCGGGGGGGAUGUGAUGCUCCUGGGGCUCAAAGCCAUGUUAACCCAGCUACAGACCAUGUAUAGUUGUAGGAAAACAACACACAACAAAACAUUCAGUGUCUUCAUGUUUGUAGUCGUGCGGUGGGUAGGAAUGUACCAUUUAAUAACCUAUGAAAUGGCUUGUACUGUUAACGCACUAAAGUUUUCGGUGCACUCUUUGAUUUCGUCCGGAUGAAAACCGUCUCUUGGAAGGAAGAAUAUACAUUUUUGCACUUUUAAUACAAUUUCUGACUUUACUAUUGGCAUGUUGCUCCUGGUUCCCUGGUUCCAAUCCGCAGGUGAGAUGAGAGGCACGGUGAAAAAAAAUGAUUUGAAUGUAAAAAAAAAUCGAAUGACACAAACGAGCAAAUAGGCGACUGGCGUUGUAGCCCUGUGUGCCUGUGUGUGCCUGUUGCCCUGGCCGUGGCUGUAACGGAGAUGAAGUACAUGGGAACCAUUUGAAGGGUACUCCGUUACCAGUGAAGGAGGUUGAGUGGGAAGAAGCUCACACAUUGAAGGCCGGACAACUUCACCUCAGCAUGAAAGUGGAAAAAUCCACCUCAGCAAAAAAGAUGGAGGCAUCCUUCUGCUCCCACUGGGGAUUAAGGGACCUGGCAAAGAGAGUAUCCAGGAGAAGGACUGAAAACAAUGAAGUACUGAGCUUAGAACAAUGAAGCAACACACUCUGGACCAUGGGUAGGGGGGAGGGGGGGGAAAAAGUAUAAAACAAAAAAAAAAUGUGAUUGAUGAAAAUGUUGCAUCAUGUAUGUUUGAUACCUUUUUGUAUUAUUGAUAUGAUUCUUGCAAAGUGUUUUUUAAACGACUGAAUAAUUUAUUACUGUCUAUGUUACCUCAGUGUGUCCCAGACCUGGACAAAAAAAGACAAAAAAAUAACCGAUACUCCCCCCCCCCCCCCCCCCCCCCCCCUUGUAUUUUCCUUCCUGGGUUUCUCUUUGGGACUCUCAGCAGCUGAACGGACUUUUCUUCAAGCCCCGUUAUGAACAGACUUGUGAUGAAGAAACUGAAAUUGGUCCUGAGCCAGAAAGGAAAGAAAACCUAAGGAUCUGUGCUCAUGUGGUCGGCCUCAGGAUGAGAACGUAAUCGCACAAACACCAAAACAGGGAAAAAGAAAAGUCAAUCCUACUUUUUUAAAAAUGUUUUGUUGUUCAGUGGGAAAUUCAAUUUGUCAGGAUGUUGAGAAAUACACAAGGAGUCGGGUGAAAUGAUUUGUGUGCAGAUAUGUGACUAAGUUCAAACCUAUAAUUUAAAACAAGAAUGUUGUUACUCUUCUCAUCUAACUCUCUGAGCUGUUCCCCACACUUCACCUUCCCUUUCAAACAAACCUUCUGAUUUGAUGCACAGGUUUGUAUAUAUCCGUUUAAUUGACCCUGGAUCAUAUGUGAGCUCAAACUGAGCACUUUUGUUUUUAAGUCAUCGAAGAGGCAGCGGGACUUUUUCAAAACAGAAACUGAUUCUUGACUGAUUUGAGCUGAUUGGAGGGAGUCGUGUCUAUCCUGGAACUUUGUCAAGAUGUAAAGCGCCAUGUAAACGGCAACAUGAACAAAACAAACAAACACACACCAUUUGGAGUUUCCCACCCGUUGUGUAAUGUGUGUCUUUGGAAAAAAGGUCUGUUGUGUUGAAACUGGCUGUGUCAGACUGAGGAGCUAGACGAGGCACAAACAAACUGUGGCCUUUUUCUCUAGCCUCAGGGUUCGACUAUAUUUCAAUAAAAAAAAAAAAACACACAAGUACUGUGA